CCUCAUUUGGCCGCUGAGAUUCCCACCAGUACGACCCGGCGCUAUCGCAAACUUCAGUAGCCAUCCUCAAGACACUCGACACCGGGCGGGAAUACGACAAAAAUGGGCUCUACAAGAUUGUACUCGAAGGGACGCAUUCUCGGCCACAAGCGCGCCAAGCGCAACACUCGCCCGAACACCUCCCUCGUCCAGAUCGAGGGUGUCGCCACCAAGGAGGACGCGCAGUUCUACCUCGGCAAGCGCGUCGCGUACGUUUACCGGGCAAAGCGGGAGAUCCAGGGCUCAAAGGUGCGGGUAAUCUGGGGCCGUGUCACUCGCCCCCACGGCAACUCGGGCGUCGUAAAAGCGAAGUUCAGGUCGAACAUCCCGCCUCACGCUUUCGGGGCUAGCGUGCGUGUGAUGCUCUACCCGUCUACGAUUUGAUUCUGUAUCGCUCUCCUCGCAUUUCUGCCAUCCCAUUAUGUAUGUCGACAUACUGCAAUAUGACAUGCUCCAUGAUCCGCAUGCCCCUCUAUCUUCUUUGCCAAGGGCUGGCUCUGCAUUUGUUGGGAUGAUCGAACGCAUUCUCUACCCUGGAGCGAAUAAGAGAGGCAGCGGUGUACCAGAGCUCAUUUGGCUAUAAUAUUGCCGAUUGACUGCGUUGAGUGGUACACGACAUAGCAUCUGCAUGCUCCAUGCACCACAACUAUGGCCAUGCAC